AUAACUGGGAUAAAUAUAGAUAAAGGUGUGAACACUGGCGUCGAUUUAUAACAAUGGAGACUUGUUUGCGGAAAUUAUAAACAUUUAUCAGUAAUGAUGAUAUGUUUUCCUGCAUCAUAAUAGUGAACAAGAGCUUAUGAUUUGAACUACAACAUAAUAGGAACUGUCUCGCAAUAGUUCAGGAAACCAAAUUAAGUUCAAGAAUCAUGGCCGCCGGAAAAUAUGGAAAACCGCUCAUUGCGAUUAUAUAAUUUCCUAAGUGACAAACUUGGAAACCAAGAUACAGUGAGAACAAGACAAACGUAUUAUAUCACACACAAUUAUUUGACCAAAACAAAAACACACACACCGUUUUUCUGUGGAAGUAGAGCAGAAGGUCUUGAUAUGAAGGGCAGUGACACGGACACAGUUAUUUUACUUAAUGAUAUACAUAUCGUAGAAGAGGCCAACAAUGCUACCGGUUCUAAUACAUUUGUCAUGAAGACUUGCGAUACCAGACCAGGUUUUGCACAGUUAGAGUUGUGCAGUAGUUACGAAUAUACAGAAGUGUGGUGUCUACAGAUGAAUGUUUCAGGGGAACAAUUUUCUGCCAAAGUAAGAACAUUAUCAGACCUACCUGGAGCAUCAAAAGAAAGUACCAUAGAUAACACUGGUUCCGCAGGUGUCAUUCACCGUAUUGAAAAUAAUACAGCUUCCAUUAAAUUUACUGGUACUGUAAUAACUGGUCUGUCGGACGAAGAAAUUUCCUCUGAAGAAGAACAAGAUUACUCCUUUAGAGAAAUAGGACCCGUUGAUGAAGAAACAUUGAAGAAAAUUAAUGAGAAAUUUGUUCCUGAACAUGAUGAUGAUAUUGUGAAGUUAGAAAUAGACUUAAAAAAGCGAGGUCUCAGUGAUGCAAGUAAAGAGGACAGUAUUGAAAAGACAAUAAAAACUGAUAAAGGGGAAUCACCCAGUACCUUUAGUCAAAGUAGAUUUAAUCCUUUUGAUAGAGACUUGCACAUGGAAGAAGAUCAUUUUGAAAUCAAUAGUUCAAGGCCUCGUUCAGGAUCUUUUUCAUCAUGGACCAAUUUAUCAGAGACAGGGGAUGAAAUCACUAUAAAUGCUGAACUUGGACUGGCCGAGGAUCACUUCUCACAUCCUGAGGGACAUUUUGGAUUAAGUAAUCAUGAAGAAUUAGAGAUGGCUAUAGAAAACUGUAAAGAAAUGAUCAGUGAAGCACAGCCUCACUCUGACAGAAUGAAAAAUCUGGUUCAGAAAUUGAUUCAGCUACGACUGAAGUUACAGGAACUUAAGGAAGGACCAGAACCAGUAUCCUCUGACAUUAAGAUAGUUCUUGGACACAAGUUUACAAUCCAAGAAAGUCGUAAUGCCAAACAUUAUUGUGAGAAAUGUAAUGCAAUGAUCCUAGGGGUCAUUCAGACAUGGCUCAGAUGUGCAGAUUGUGGUUACAGCUGUCACGAGAAAUGUGUCAACGGCAUCAAAAGAACUUGUGCAAGUUUAAAGGUUGCAGAAACUGGUAUCUUUUGUUUGUCAAUAUGCCCAGAUAGAGGUUUGUCAGCUCAGAACUACAGAUGUGCUGAAUGUAGAAGUCACAUCUCAUUUAAAAGUGGAUUCAGUGAACCACGACUUUGUGAUUACAGUGGUAACUAUUAUUGUGAACUUUGUCACUGGAAUGAUACCAUGGUUAUACCCUCUAGAGUUCUACAUAACUGGGACUUUGAACCACACAAGGUUUGUAGGGCUUCUAAACAGUUCCUUAAAUUGAUGACAGACAAAGCUGUGAUGAGAAUCCAAGAUGUUAAUCCAAUGUUGUUUAACUAUGUGGAAGAGUUGAGUGAGGUUAAGAAAUUACGAGAAGAACUACUGAUAAUGAAAAAAUAUCUAUUGCUUUGUAAGAAUGCAAUGAGUGAGAAAUUUCUGUUGAUGUUAAAGGGUAGACAACACUUUGUGGAAAAUUCAGAUGUGUAUUCUAUGCAGGAUUUCCUUGAUAUUCAGUCGGAUAAAUUGUUAGGAGAUUUAGCUACAAUCCACUCUGCCUGGGCUCAACAUAUUAAAACAGACUGUGAGCUAUGUCGAGCUCGAGGAUUUAUUUGUGAGUUGUGUAAUGACCAUACAGAAACCUUAUUUCCAUUUGAUAGUGUAGCAAUAGUGUGUUCUCAGUGUUCAUAUGUUUUACAUAGGCACUGUUUUAUCAAGAAGGGAUCUCAGUGUCCACGAUGUGAAAGGAAAAACAAAAGAAAAGCUACUUGACAACAUUCCAUGCAUACCGACUGUUUUAUCAUCAAUUUUAACAACAUAUUAAAAUGUGCAAUAAUUGUGAAAACAAGGAGAAUUCACUUGUUUCCUAAGUCUGUUUGUCUUUCAGAUAUAUUUUUAUAAUAAAAUUGUAAAAUUGUUGUAAUAUUGUAA